AUGCUAUUUCGCCUCGGAAACAUAGUGGCCAAGCCGAACCAAAACAAAGAAGAAUGCCCUAAACAACCCGAUCUCGAUCUCAAAUCAACAAUCACUUAUACAAGGGUAAUCCUCCCAAUAUACAAAACUACAAAUACAGCAGUACUCUACGAGGAAGCCAAACUCAGACCAUCCGAGAUCGAGCUAAACCUGAUUUCACAAUUAUACACGGCACGAACCACCAGACUAAACCCCUACCAUCCUCUCAGAAUCAGAGCAGAGAACAUAAUCAAAGCCAAAGAACAGAAUCGCAUCCCAGACACAAGAUUCACAAGGCUCAUCACAGCAUUACCGGAGACUGAACACAUAAACCCCUUGGCCUUCCCACCCUGGGAAAUCAGAGAGUCGAGGGUAGAGGUCGAGGCCUGUAUCAAUGGUCCGAUGGGCAGAACGAAGGCACAAGCAGCCGAAGACUUCAAAGUCUUCCAUGCCAAGAUCCCAAGAAGCGAUAUACAAAUCUUCUCGGAUGGCUCAAAAAGUGAAAGCAAGGAUGACGCAAUUGGAGGCGGAUUUGUUGUUAGACCAAGGCUCCCACACAUCUCCCUCGGGAAAAUCCGCAUCCGAUGGGUCCCAGGGCACCUGGAUAUCCCUGAAUACAAUCAGGUUAUAAUACUACAAAGAUCUCCAACUCAAUUACACUUCUAA